GUCAUGGGUUCAGGCACAUGCUCAUGCGCGUAGCUACGAGGAGGCGUAACUUUUGCUCACCAUAUGCAGCACGGUGAAGGAGUCGGGGGUUGCGUGUGUUCUGGACAACUGAGAAGCGAGAACCAUGGGGAAGAAACAGAAGAGCAAGACCGAGGAUAGUUCCAAGGAUGAUGUCGACCUUGACGCCCUUGCCGCAGAAAUUGAGGGAGCAGGAGCCUCCAAAGACCAGAAAACAAAAGGAAAGAAGAAGAAAGACAAGAAGAAGCAAGAUUUUGACGAAGAUGACAUCCUGAAGGAAUUGGAAGAGUUGUCUAUGGAAACACAAGGUGACAAAGGAGAUAAAGAUGUCGAGGGAAAGCAGGAAACCGUUGAGCCUUUUCUCCCAAAACAAGACAAAAAAAAGAAAGCUAAGAAAGUUCAGAAAGCCAGCGAUGACGAGGAUAAUAUCGAUGAAAUGGAGAGCAAAAAUGCUAAAUCCAAAAAAGCAGAGAAACCCAAAAUGUCUGAGACCGAUGACGAUGACGAGCCUUUUAUUAAUUUGAAGAAAACAAAAGGAAAAAAUCAGGCUUCUAAAAAGCCUCCGGUUUCUGAGGUGGCAAAGGAUGAAGGUAAAGACAAGGAGAAAGCAGAAAACACCGGUGACAGUGACGAGGAAUCUGAUGACUUCGGCCAAGGCAAGAAAGGGCAGAAGAAAAAUCAGAAGACCAAGCCUGCGCCUAAGGCUGAAAGUGGAGACGAAGAAGGAGAGUUCAAAAUAAAGACUGCUGCCCAGAAGAAGGCUGAAAAGAAAGAGAGGGAGAGGAAGAAACGAGAGGAGGAGAAAGCCAAGCUUAAAAAACAGAAAGAAAAGAACGAAGCAGAAGGGGAAAAAGAGCCAACAGAGACUGUCAAGAAAGGAGAGGAAGUCAUUAUUCCCAAAAAUGAGGCAAAAGAUGCAGCAGCAGUAGAACCAGAAGUUGACUUGGAGCCUGAUGAUGACGAUGGUGACAAGAAGAAGAAAGACAAAAAGAAGAAGAAAGGAGAGAAAGAAGAAAAGGAGAAGAAAAAGGGUCCCAGUAAAGCAGCUGUUAAAGCCAUGCAGGAAGCCUUGGCUAAAAUGAAAGAGGAGGAGGAAAGGAUCAAGAGGGAGGAGGAGGAGCGCCUGCGGCGAAUUGAGGAGCUGGAAGCCAAGCGUCUAGAGGAGGAACGUCUGGAGCAAGAACGGAAAGAGAAGAAGAAACAGAAAGAGAAGGAGAGAAAGGAGCGUCUGAAAAAGGAGGGAAAGCUGCUGACCAAAGCCCAGAGGGAGGCCAGAGCUCGUGCAGAAGCUACCCUCAAAGUCCUUCAAGCUCAGGGGAUUGAGGUGCCAUCUAAAGAUUCUGUGCCAAAGAAAAAGCCAAUUUAUAUAGACAAGAAGAAAAAGAAGCCACAGCAGCAAUCUCAGACUAAAGAAGAGCCAAUGGAAGUUACUUCUCCUGUAGCAGAAAUUGUAGUACCACCAGUACCCGAAAAGGAGGCUACCACAGCUCUCGGAGAGCCACCUGGAGACCUGAGUCGUGAGAGCGAGUCAGACCAAGAAGCGAUGGAAGAGGAUGCAGGUGUGGAUGACUGGGAAGCUAUUGUUAGUGAUGAUGAAAAGGAGAAAGAGACAAAAACAGUCCACAUAGAAGUUCAGGAGAAAAAUCAAGAUGAGGAGGAUGAGGAAGAGGAUGAAGAUGAGGAGGAUGAGGGAGAAAGUGAGGAAGAAGAUGAAGAUGAGGGUGAUAGCGAUGCUAGUGAUGAAGGAAAGUCUUCAGACGACAAGCCUGCUGUCUCUCAGACUGUCACUCCAAAGCAUGCCGAAAAAAAAGCAAGCAAAGAACUUAGCUCUGAGUCUGAGUCCGAUUCUGAUGAUGACCGCACCAAAGAAGAGAUCGCCUAUGACAAGGCCAAGAGGAGGAUCGAGAAACGACGUUUGGAAAAUCAGAAAACUGUAAAUACGGAAAAGCUCCGUUCACCGGUUAUAUGUGUACUUGGACACGUAGACACAGGAAAGACGAAAAUCCUAGACAAGCUUAGACACACAAAUGUCCAAGAUGGAGAAGCAGGUGGCAUCACCCAGCAGAUCGGGGCAACCAAUGUGCCCUUGGACGCCAUUAAAGAACAGACUAAGAUGGUUAAGAAUUUUGACAGGGAGACCAUGAAGAUUCCAGGCAUGCUGAUCAUUGAUACUCCAGGCCACGAGUCAUUCAGUAACCUGAGGAACCGUGGAAGUUCACUUUGUGACAUUGCCAUUCUUGUUGUGGAUAUCAUGCAUGGAUUGGAGCCGCAAACCAUUGAGUCUUUAAACUUGCUGAAGAAUAAGAAGUGCCCUUUCAUUGUGGCCCUAAACAAAAUUGAUCGUCUCUAUGACUGGAAGAAGAGUCCAGACACCGAUGUGUCUGCAACAUUAAAGAAACAAAAGAAAAACACAAAGGAUGAGUUUGAGGAGCGUGCCAAGGCCAUCAUUGUUGAAUUUGCCCAACAGGGUUUGAAUGCUGCUUUGUUUUACGAAAAUAAAGACCCGCGUACGUUUGUGUCUCUGGUACCUACCUCAGCCCACACUGGAGAUGGUAUGGGGAAUCUGAUCUCUCUCCUUGUCGAUCUGACCCAGAACAUGCUCAGUAAAAAACUGGCCCAAUCAGAAGAGUUGAGAGCUCAAGUGAUGGAGGUAAAAGCUCUCCCAGGCAUGGGCACAACUAUAGAUAUUAUACUAAUCAAUGGACGUCUAAGAGAAGGAGACACGAUUAUAGUUCCAGGAGUGGAAGGUCCAAUUGUAACACAGAUUAGAGGUCUCUUGCUACCUCCGCCUAUGAAAGAAUUAAGAGUGAAGAAUCAAUAUGAAAAACACAAGGAGGUUGAAGCAGCGCAGGGUGUGAAGGUCCUUGGAAAGGACUUGGAGAAAACCCUGGCUGGUUUGCCAGUUCUGGUGGCUUAUAAGGAUGAUGAGAUACCAGUACUAAAAGAUGAAUUGAUCCAUGAACUGAAGCAGACUCUGAAUGCGAUCAAGUUAGAAGAAAAGGGUGUUUACGUGCAGGCCUCCACUCUGGGGUCCCUGGAAGCACUGCUGGAAUUUCUGAAGACAUCUGAAGUCCCAUAUGCUGGAAUAAAUAUAGGCCCUGUUCAUAAGAAAGAUGUCAUGAAAGCUUCUGUGAUGUUGGAGCAUGAUCCUCAAUAUGCUGUCAUUUUGGCUUUCGACGUAAGAAUUGAACGAGAGGCCCAGGAAAUGGCUGAUAGUUUAGGUGUUCGCGUCUUCAGUGCUGAAAUAAUCUACCACCUGUUUGAUGCCUUUACUAAAUACAGACAAGACUAUAAGAAGCAGAAGCAAGAAGAGUUUAAGCAUAUAGCGGUGUUUCCAUGUAAAAUAAGAAUCCUCCCUCAAUUUAUAUUCAACUCUCGAGAUCCGAUUGUCAUGGGUGUAAUUGUGGAGGCCGGACAAGUGAAGCAGGGGACACCAAUAUGUGUUCCAAGCAAAGGUUUUGUAGAUAUUGGGAUAGUGACCAGUAUUGAAAUUAAUCACAAAUCGGUGGACACUGCAAAGAAGGGCCAGGAGGUGUGCAUCAAAAUAGAACCGAUUCCGGGAGAGUCUCCGAAGAUGUUUGGAAGACACUUUGAGGCUACAGACUUUCUUGUUAGCAAGAUUAACCGACAAUCCAUUGACGCUUUAAAAAACUGGUUUAGAGAUGAGAUGCAGAAAUCAGACUGGCAGCUCAUAGUAGAGCUGAAGAAGGUGUUUGAAAUCAUCUAAUGGCUUUCCAGCGGCAGUCACAACAUGGAACUAGAAUCGUACAGAUGGAAGCGUUUGCUCCUUGUAGACAAAGAAGCAUUGUAAGUAAAGACAGAGGAGACUAAACCUGCGGUUUGGAAGAAGAAGAAAAAAAAAAGUAGUUUAAAAUUUGUUUUCCAUGAGAAACCGAGAAAUUUACACUGGUUUGACAGUGACAGUCAAUUUUACACAUCCCUACCGUUCCAAUGUGCCUGCUCUCCAUCUAUUCACACCGUCUUAUACUGGCUUCUGUUUUAAACUUGGCCCAAUGUUUUACUACACAAUUCCCUCAAUUUUUUUACUUGUAAGACCAGUCACGCAGGUUUUGAUUGCAGAGAGAAAAAAAAAAAUCAGACUAUAAACUUUGGAUGUUUUUCGAUGUAAAGAAAUGAAUUAAAAUCAUUAUUUAUGCAGACUCUGCUCUGCCCUGGCCCUAUAGCUAUCCCACGCUCCUAAUGCUUUUGUGCCUAUGGAUUUGUUUCUUUUAAAAAAAAUAGAAAAUGAAUUGAUUGGGGUUUCUCUGUAUCUGCUUUGUGUGCAAAGAAGAUGUAAAAUGUAUUUUGGGCAGCAUUUUAAGGCUUGUACAGUUCAUGAUGCCAAAUUUAUUCUAUAAUAACUAUGACAGAGCCAGAAAUAAAGUAACUGGGCAAUGUAA